GUUGUUUGAGAAAUAAACCCUCCAAAAUUAGAAAAAUUGUAAAACCACUAAAAGCUUCAUCAUCUCACAAUACAAUUUUCUGUUUCUUUUCAUUGUUCAUUGUUUCUUCUCUGAGGUUGCAAAGCCAGACAAAAGAAAAACAACACAAUCGAUCUUGGUUGUGGGUGUUUUGUGACAAAGAAGACAUGAGAUCAUUUAUGAGUAUUAUAGUUUCCUUGUGAAGCAGGUUAUUCAUGUUUCUUGGGAAGCAAGAUUCUAACAUGUCUGCAAGAAGAGUUAGAAGGACCUCGGAGGACUAUGGCAGUAUCACGGCGAUCGCCAUUGAUAAGGACAAGAACAGCCAACACGCCUUGAAAUGGGCCGUUGAAAAUAUUGUUGCUGAUGCUCCACAAUGUGUCCUUAUCCACGUUCAACUAGGAGACACAGGAGGACAUUUUCAUCAGGACAAUCCGGACGAGGCACAUGAAUUCUUUCUUCCUUUCAGAGGAUUCUGCGCUCGAAAAGGAAUCAUAGCAAAAGAGGUUAUUCUUCAUGAUAUUGACAUCUCCAAUGCUAUUGUCAACUACAUCACCAACAAUUAUUACAUUGCAAAUCUUGUUGUUGGCGCAUCUGCACGCAAUUCCUUCCUUAAAAAGUUUCAGAGUCCAGAUGUACCAACCACUCUGCUUAAGACGACUCCAGAGACUUGUGCCGUCUUUGUUGUGACCAAAGGUAAGCUUUUAAAAAGCAGAUCCGCGAGUCACCGUCAUAAACUUUCCAGACAACAAAAUCUCUCUUCUUUGUUGUACAACUCAACAAACUCCAUUGACUCUGACAGCGCAUCAAUAUCAUCACCUGUAUCUACACAAACCAACAAACCAAAUUCAAAUUUUUUCCAACCUAAUUCACCUCGCAUCUCAACACCGCAAUCUAUGAGUGAAAUCUCUCAGUCAGAGACUGACAAUGGAAGUUGUGAUAUGGUAUCAACUGUGAGUUCUUACACCGUCUCUGAUAGUUCCACUACCAUCGGAAGCUCGAUCUCUUCAACUUCCACGGAAAGUCCACUUGUCGGAAAUUACGUGGAACAACAGAAUCAAAAUCUUGAAGCAGAGGUGAGGAGACUGAGACUGGAAUUGAAGCAGUUUAACAAGGACAAAGACACUACAAACCAAAAAGAAAACUCCCAAGAAACCCCAUGGUCAGAUGAAAAAAUAGAGCUGCCUAGAGCAUUGUCUGAUAGGGAAACGCAGAAAACGCAGUCUGCUGCAUUCCAAGCAGCUGAAAUAGCAAAGCGCAUAGCGAAAAUGGAGAGCCAAAAGAGAAGAUUACUUGAGAUGCAAGCCAAUUUGGACAAACAGAUGAUGUUCACAACGGUUUCUUACAGACGUUAUAGUAUCAAAGAUGUUGAAGAUGCAACCUAUGGUUUUUCUGAUGCUCUAAAGAUUGGGGAAGGAGGUUAUGGACCUGUUUACAAAGCUGUCCUCGAUUACACUUCUGUCGCCAUUAAAAUCUUGAAGUCGGGUAUCACAGAGGGACUGAAACAGUUCCAACAAGAGAUUGAGGUUCUUAGUAGCAUGAGGCACCCUAAUAUGGUAAUCCUUCUCGGUGCAUGUCCCGAGUAUGGUUGUCUUGUAUAUGAGUAUAUGGAAAAUGGAACACUCGAAGAUCGCCUCUUCUGCAAAAACAACACACCCCCACUUUCAUGGAGAGCAAGGUUCAGAAUCGCUUCUGAGAUUGCCACAGGUCUUCUUUUCCUUCACCAGGCAAAACCUGAGCCCCUAGUUCACCGUGAUCUGAAGCCAGCAAACAUUCUACUCGAUAAACAUCUCACUUGCAAAAUCAGUGAUGUCGGUCUAGCUCGCUUGGUACCUCCUGCUGUGGCUGAUACCUACAGUAACUAUCACAUGACUUCUGCAGCCGGUACAUUUUGUUACAUUGACCCUGAGUAUCAGCAAACCGGAAUGCUUGGAGUGAAAUCUGACCUCUAUUCUUUUGGUGUGGUGCUACUGCAAAUCAUAACAGCCCAACCAGCAAUGGGGUUAGGCCAUAAAGUAGAGAUGGCGGUUGAAAAUAAUAAUCUGAGAGAAAUUUUGGAUCCAACAGUAUCAGAAUGGCCUGAAGAAGAGACUCUGGAGUUGGCUAAAUUGGCUUUACAAUGUUGUGAACUGAGGAAAAAGGACAGACCUGAUCUUGCCUUAGUUCUGUUACCAGCUCUGAACAGGCUUAAAGAGUUUGCAACAGAGGAUCAUGAACGUAUUCAGGAUAGAACAUCUCAUGUGUCACAUGAACACAAUUCAGUUCCGCUUUCCCCGAUUCCUUCCUCUCAGAUAGAGGAUGAAUUGAGAAAAUCAUAUUGAGUAUUGAUAAAAACAUGGAAAUUCGACGUAGAUCAACCAGAAGCUGAAAAUGGCAGUACCUGAGAUCCACGACUAUCUUGAUCCUUCUAAGACCCGUAACCAUCCUAUACCUAGAAGGAGUCGACCUCCAAGAUCACAUACAAGCAAGUACAAAGGCA